ACGGAGACGGAGAUGAGAAGAACACCUCGCUGUUCAAAGGAUGGUUUAAACAGAGGACCAUGGACUGCAGUUGAAGACAAAUUGCUCACUGAUUAUAUCUCCAUCCAUGGUGAAGGUAAAUGGAGCAAUGUCGUAAAAAAUACAGGUUUAAAGAGACGUGGAAAGAGCUGCAGGCUUCGUUGGUUUAAUUACUUGAGACCUGAUAUUAAAAGAGGGAACAUCUCUGAAGACGAAGAACUACUCAUUGUCAGGCUCCACAAGCUCUUAGGCAAUAGAUGGUCUCUGAUAGCAGGGAGACUUCCUGGACGAACGGAUAAUGAAAUAAAGAAUUAUUGGAAUUCCAAUUUAUCUAAGAAAGCGAAGGAAAUGCAGUUAACACUACCUAAAACUGACAAGGAACUGGUUGUAACGAGACCUUGCGAUGUGGCUGUACCAGGCCCGAGUGGAAGCACUGAAAUAACUGGCACUAAUGUGGUUGGUGCCACAGCACUGCGUGAAUGGAAAUAUCAAAGUCCUGAAGUUAAUAUUACUGGGACCUAUGGAACUGAUCAAUCGAGUGACCUAUCACCAUCAUGGGCAUCUGGUGAUGACAUUUCAUAUGACUUCUUAUUUGAUCUUGAUGCGGAAGACUUUUAUCAGAUUCCUGAAUCAACUCUCAUUGCCAAUGAUACCAAUCAUGCAACUAAUAAUGUUAGAGAAGGGGAUGGUGGUAUUAAUACAAAUGGAAUAUUGAAGAGUGACGUAUCAGAUCAAUUUCCAGCGAAGAACUGGGAAAGGGAUGAAUGUGUUCAGGCUGAUGACUUGGACUCAUCAGCUAUCAUGUCACUGCUUUCUUUUCUUGAUGCAGAUGUGGACUUAUGAGGAAUGGCCUGAGUAUAUACUAAUGGUACUACUAUACUAGUUAGCUACUUCAUCAUAUGUAUGUCUGCUUUCAGUUUCAUCAAUUCUCCUUUCCAAUAAAAAGAAGAAAGAUGGCUAAUAUAUGAAUGGGAUCCCAACCUCUU